UGUGCGUCGUCAGAGGAGCGCGUCCUCGUUUGGCACCACAGCCAGCUAGGCGCAGUCUUCUUUCUCCUCCUCCCCCUCCUUUAUUCUCCUCCUCUUCCUCCAGUUCCUGCACGACUGCGUGAAAUAAAAAGUCCAGAGAGAGUCGAAACUGGCCAAAGACGCGCUCCUUGUCACGUCGCGCACCCUGGAAGGAAAGGAUCGAGGCCGUAGCUGCUCCGAUCCCGUUCAGCAUCCUGAAGUGAGGGUGUCAGGAGGAGAGUAGAAACUCAGAAUAAAGCCACAAAAAUGGUUCUGCAGAGAGUGGUCCGUGCUGUCAUUAUGGGACCUCCUGGGUCUGGGAAAGGAACCGUGUCUGCGCGUAUCACCAAAAGUUUUGGACUGAAGCACCUCUCGAGUGGGGACAUUCUGAGAGCCAACAUCAACGCAAAAACAGAGCUCGGCCUGCUGACGAAGUCCUGCAUUGAUCAGGGUCAGCUGGUACCCGAUGACGUCAUGUCUCGUCUCAUCCUCAGUGAGCUGAGGACGAUGGAGCAGAGCGGCUGGCUGCUGGACGGUUUCCCACGUACGGUAUCGCAGGCAGAGGCUCUGGAUGACGUCUACACUGUGGACACAGUCAUCAACCUCAAUGUUCCUUUCCAGACCAUCAGGCAAAGGCUGACGUCUCGCUGGACUCACCUCCCGAGCGGCAGAGUCUACAACAUAGACUUCAACCCGCCUAAAGUCGCAGGUUUGGAUGAUGAGACAGGAGAACCUCUGAUCCAGAGAGACGAUGACAAACCAGAGACGGUGACACGGAGACUGAAGUCCUAUGAAACCCAGACAGAGCCCGUCUUAGAGUACUACAGGAGUAAAGGUGUGCUCGAGACCUUCACGGGGACAGAAACCAACAAGAUAUGGCCACACGUCGAGGCUUUCCUCCACAGAAAACUCUCCUCAAUCAAUCAGAGAGUGGCGUAAGAAGCCUGAACAGAAAGAGGCCUGAAGUUUACCAGCAGAAAUCACCGCCUGCCACUUUCUGUGAAACUGUGAAAGGGAAGAGAAGUUUAUGUAAUAAUAUAUUCUGAAUGUUGAAACUGAGGCUCAAGCUCACGUAGUUCAUGUCAUGUACAACAGGGGCUGGUUGCACAAAACACCGGUUCCUUGAAAUAUAAAACACCUUAAAGUGUCCUUAAAAAGUUCACUCAAGUGUUUGGGAUGUUCUCCUUAUGUUGGCCUAAUACUUACGGAAUUAGUUUGUUUUUAUUAUUGAAUUGUCGCACUAAAGAACUGAGCAAAGUGAAUUUUUUUAAGGUACCUGUGACAAUCUUAACCAAGUCUAUGCCAGAUUCCUUAAAUAGAUUUUUCUCCUACAUUAAUUUUAUAUGUGCUCUCUUUUAUUACAUUCCUCUGGAGGUCUAAUCUUUUCCUCCUUUGACCAAUUUUGUUUUCUAGUCUAAUUUUCCUCUGCCAUGUGUUUUUUAAAUCGUCUACACAGCAGCUUUGUGCUGUAAAAUGCAAGAAAAUAGUCUUUUAAAGCUGUAAAAUCUAUUUUAGUAAAUGCUUUAAUGUUUGUUCUUUACUGAGAAAAUCCUUGAAGAGAUUCUACACAAGAUCCUUAAGCCAGAGGAAGAAAUUAAGCCUGAGGCAGUGGGUGGUUUAAGGGUGCACUGGGGUUAAUCUCCAUCCCCCCUGUUCCCCUGCUGUGUGUUUGUUGUUAUGUAGGACCACUGGAAUCCACUGAUCCAUUCCUCCUGGUUAAAAACUAACAAAUCUCCCCCUGACUUUAGGUCUAACACUUCAGGAAGACAAACCUUAUGGUGUUUUGUGCAGCCGGCUACAGAUGUGAAAACUCCACUUUGACCACUUGUUGCACUGUUUUCUGCAAGUUAGUUUGUGAAACUCUCAGGAAGUUUGUUCAAAAUCUUUCAAACAUUAGUUGUUAAGAGUUCAGAGUGUUUGUUUGUUCAAUAAUGUGCCUUUGUAAAGCAGAUCAGUUCAGUUUGUUUGCACAAAAUGUGAAAAGGGUGCAGUUGGUUGUACGGAUUUUAAAUUUCAAGCAUUUCCAACUGCAUUCACGAGUUCUUUUCUCGGCUGAUCUCCACAACUCUGAAAAGAAGCAGCCCAGAUUACCUCGAUUGAAACUCUACAGCUUUCUUCAUGCUUUAGCAGAACAAAGGUGUGUCUACCUGCCUUAGCGGGACUGUUGGUUGGACAGUAAAUAGUUGCCCUAAAGGGAAAUGUGCCACAAAUGACUGUAAACUGGCUUCUGCACUCCAGUGCCUUUAGCUGCUUUAUACAGCUAGUUCAGUGAAUGUGAAUGCAUUUUUAGAACCACGAACCACAGAUAAUAACAUAGAAACCAACCACACUUAAUAUAUUGAAUAUUUUUUAAUUAACAGUUUCUUUCAACCACCUCAAGUCUUAAUAGUGUACUCUUAAACAUUUUAACCAGCCAUUCCACGUAUACAGACUGAUAUUUGCCAUUUAAUGUGACUUGACAACUGAAAAUGCAACUGAAAAUACGUCAACACACACUUUUAAAACAGUUUGUGCGUGCUAUCGUCUUGUUGGAAGAUAUCACAGCCUUUAAGGUUGAUCUGUUGUGUUUUUUGCACUUUGCUCGAUAUGUUAAAAGCCACAGAAAUGCUAACCUGCCUUGCAAUGUAAUGUACUGUACUGACUGAUGCAGUGGAUGUUUCCUGUUUGUCCUGUGUGCACUCCUAAAUACUUGAAUACAAUGUUUUAAAAGCCUGUCUCCUUUUUCAAAGACAAGUUACAACUGUGUCACAAGUAUUUAUGAAUCACAAUAAACUUCUCAUACCAUACACCAGAA